ACCACAAUAGGAGGACGGCAGAACAGUGUGGUCCUGCAGAAACUGAAGCCUGACACUCCUUACACAAUCACUGUAUCCUCCCUGUAUCCUGAUGGUGAAGGAGGGCGGAUGACGGGAAGAGGCAAGACCAAACCUCUGAAUACUGUGAAGAACCUGAGAGUGUAUGACCCUUCUACAAGCACUUUGAAUGUUCGCUGGGACCAUGCAGAGGGAAAUCCUCGCCAGUACAAGCUUUUCUAUGCACCAACAGCUAGUGGUCCAGAGGAACUGGUACCGAUCCCUGGGAAUACCAAUUAUGCCAUUCUUAGGAAUCUGCAGCCAGAUACCCCAUACACGGUUACAGUAGUUCCCGUUUAUACUGAAGGUGAUGGGGGACGCACAUCAGAUACUGGAAGGACAUUGGUGAGAGGACUGGCAAGGAAUGUCCAAGUGUACAAUCCUACGCCCAACAGCCUCGAUGUUCGCUGGGACCCUGCGCCCGGGCCUGUGCAGCAGUAUCGCAUUGUGUAUUCUCCUGUGGCUGGCACAAGACCCUCGGAAUCUAUUGUGGUGCCAGGAAAUACCCGCAUGGUGCACCUGGAGCGGCUGAUUCCAGACACACCCUACUCUGUGAACAUUGUGGCUCUCUACUCAGAUGGAGAGGGGAAUCCCAGCCCUGCACAGGGCCGAACAUGUGAGGCGGAAAUCCUUUCUCCACCCUGUUCCCUUGUAGCUAGAUUGGCCGGGCUUCUCCGAACCACAGUCCCAGGCAGAAGAAACAAUGUAAUACUGCAGCCCCUGCAACCUGAUACUCCAUAUAAAAUUACUGUUAUUGCUGUUUAUGAAGAUGGAGAUGGUGGCCAUCUUACAGGAAAUGGAAGAACUGUGGGACUACUUCCUCCUCAGAACAUACACAUCUCUGAUGAAUGGUACACGAGAUUCAGAGUGUCCUGGGACCCUUCACCCUCUCCAGUUCUUGGAUAUAAAAUUGUGUAUAAGCCAGUGGGUUCCAAUGAGCCCAUGGAAGUCUUUGUUGGAGAAAUGACAUCAUACACAUUACACAAUCUCAACCCCAGCACCACCUAUGAUGUGAAUGUUUAUGCCCAGUACGAUUCUGGGCUCAGCGUCCCCCUGACAGAUCAAGGCACUACAUUGUAUUUAAAUGUGACAGAUCUGAAAACUUACCAGGUCGGAUGGGACACAUUCUGUGUCAGAUGGUCACCUCACCGUGCAGCCACCUCCUACAGGCUAAAACUAAGCCCUGAAGAUGGAACCAGAGGACAAGAAAUUACAGUGCGUGGAUCAGAAACCAGUCACUGCUUCACUGGCCUUUCACCAGACACUGAUUAUGGUGUCAAUGUUUUUGUGCAGACACCCAAUCUUGAGGGACCAGGUGUACCUGUCAAAGAACAUACCACUGUAAAACCAACAGAAGCCCCCACGGAGCCACCCACACCUCCUCCCCCUCCCACCAUUCCACCAGCCCGGGAUGUAUGCAAAGGGGCCAAGGCAGAUAUUGUGUUCCUGACUGAUGCCUCUUGGAGUAUUGGGGAUGAUAAUUUUAACAAAGUUGUAAAAUUUAUCUUCAAUACUGUGGGUGCCUUUGACGAAAUCAGUCCUGCUGGGAUUCAGGUUUCAUUUGUGCAGUACAGUGACGAGGUCAAGUCUGAGUUCAAGCUGAACACAUUCAACGACAAGGCCCUGGCGCUUGGGGCUCUCCAGAAUAUUAGGUACAGAGGAGGAAACACAAGAACAGGCAAGGCCCUCACAUUUAUCAAGGAGAAAGUAUUGACCUGGGAGAGUGGCAUGAGGAAGAAUGUCCCCAAGGUCCUAGUUGUGGUCACAGAUGGUCGGUCACAGGACGAGGUCAAGAAGGCGGCUUUGAUUAUCCAGCAGUCAGGGUUUAGUGUCUUUGUAGUUGGUGUUGCUGAUGUUGACUACAAUGAGCUUGCCAACAUUGCCAGCAAACCAAGUGAACGGCACGUGUUCAUUGUGGAUGACUUCGAAUCUUUUGAGAAGAUCCAGGACAACCUAGUUACAUUCGUUUGUGAAACUGCCACCUCAAGUUGUCCGCUUAUUUAUUUGGAUGGCUACACCUCACCAGGUUUUAAGAUGCUUGAAGCUUAUAACCUGACAGAAAAGAAUUUUGCUUCUGUACAAGGAGUCUCUUUGGAGUCAGGUUCCUUCCCCAGCUACUCAUCAUACAGGCUUCAGAAGAACGCCUUUGUGAAUCAGCCUACAGUAGACCUACAUCCAAAUGGACUCCCUCCUUCAUACACUAUUAUAUUAUUGUUCAGACUUCUCCCAGAAAGUCCCAGUGAUCCUUUUGCAAUUUGGCAAAUCACAGACAGAGACUACAAACCACAAGUUGGAGUGAUUGCUGAUCCUUCUAGCAAGACAUUAUCAUUCUUUAACAAGGAUACAGGAGGCGAGGUGCAAACUGUUACAUUUGACACAGAUGAAAUAAACACAUUAUUUUAUGGAAGUUUUCAUAAGGUUCAUAUUGUAGUGACUUCAAAAAGUGUUAAGGUUUACAUUGACUGCUAUGAAAUUAUAGAAAAAGACAUCAAGGAAGCUGGAAAUAUCACAACUGACGGUUAUGAAAUUCUUGGAAAACUACUUAAAGGGGAGAGGAAAUCAGCCACAUUCCAAAUACAGAGUUUUGACAUUGUCUGCAGCCCAGUGUGGACGAGUAGAGACAGAUGCUGUGAUAUCCCCUCUAGGAGAGAUGAAGCAAAAUGCCCUGCUCUUCCAAAUGCUUGCACAUGUACACAGGACAGCGUUGGACCUCCGGGACCUCCAGGCCCUGCAGGAGGACCUGGUGCUAAAGGUCCCAGAGGUGAAAGAGGUAUCAAUGGGGCAAUUGGGCCCCCUGGUCCCCGUGGAGAUACAGGUCCUCCAGGCCCUCAGGGUCCUCCAGGCCCCCAGGGACCCAAUGGACUCUCUAUUCCGGGAGAACAAGGCCGCCAAGGGAUGAAAGGUGAUGCUGGAGAGCCAGGACUUCCAGGCCGAACAGGAACCCCAGGAUUACCUGGCCCACCAGGACCAAUGGGACCUCCAGGAGAUAGAGGCUUCAUUGGAAAAGAUGGUGCAAUGGGUCCCAGGGGCCCACCUGGUCCACCGGGAAGCCCAGGCUCUCCUGGAGUUACAGGACCAAGUGGGAAACCAGGAAAACCUGGAGACCAUGGCAGACCUGGUGCAUCUGGGUUGAAAGGAGAGAAAGGUGAUAGGGGAGAUAUUGCUUCCCAGAACAUGAUGCGAGCAGUUGCAAGACAAGUCUGUGAACAAUUGAUAAGUGGUCAGAUGAACAGAUUCAAUCAGAUGCUGAAUCAGAUUCCAAAUGAUUACCACUCCAGUCGCAACCAGCCAGGCCCACCCGGUCCCCCGGGUCCCCCUGGCAGCGCAGGAGCCAGAGGAGAACCAGGGCCUGGGGGGCAACCAGGCUUUCCCGGCACGCCUGGGAUGCAGGGCCCCCCUGGUGAACGAGGUUUGCCAGGAGAAAAAGGUGAAAGGGGUAUUGGAUCUCCAGGACCUCGAGGGCUGCCUGGCCCUCCAGGUCCACAAGGAGAAUCCAGAACAGGUUCACCAGGGUCCACAGGUUCAAGAGGUCCCCCUGGCCCUCCUGGUCGUCCUGGAAACUCAGGUAUCCGAGGACCCCCAGGUCCUCCUGGAUACUGUGACUCAUCCCAGUGUGCCAGCAUCCCAUACAACGGGCAAGGCUAUCCAGAGCCCUACGUGCCCGAGGGCGGGGCAUACCUGCCUGAGCGCGAGCCCUUCAUUGUGCCGGUGGAGCCCGAACGGACAGCGGAGUACGACGACUACGGCGCCGACGAGCCUGCCGAGGAGCAUCCUCCACACGCGCGCUGGCGGCGCGCUCUGCCCCGCGGCUCGGGGCAGUGACCCUGAGACGGCGCGCCGAGGCUGGGGGGAGGUGUUGGGAUUCUCAUUUACAGGUCAGAUAGAGCAGUGCACGUCUUCUCUGCAAUGUUUCUUCCUUCCGGCUUUGCUUCAUCCGAGAGUACCCUUUUUCUGACUAGAGAACAUUGUUUCUGCAGGAAGUCUAGCUCGCAGCACGCAAUCUGUAGACAUUUUUGCCUUUGCCCUUGAAAUGCUUGCAAAAUACUUUGUUCACAAAAGCUGCAAGGAGAGAACAUGCCAUGUGCCUUUAGUUAGCACAGCGGGCGGCCUCAGUGAAACUCUUAGGUUAGGCAGAAGUCCUGGAACCCAGAGCUACUGUAUAUUUUGAGAGGGCAGUUUAUCUUUCCCAAUACUUAUCUGCAAUUCAGUUAUGCCACGAUUCAAGUAAUUGCCCUCCUAAAGCCAAAAAGGAGGGAAAUGUCAACUCCAUUGCAAUUAUUUAUCUUCCUCUUCUGUCUUCUGUUAUACAUUAGGGCAUAGGAUGCUCUCAUACAUCUCCUUUAACAACCACAAACCUUAAGCCAUGUAGCUGAAGUUAUUGUAUCAACUGGAUACAGUUCCAUAUUGCCUUAAACCUCCUUGUUUUAGACACACUAACAUUUAUGCCAAAUUGCAGAUUAUUCUGCAGAGAUGGAAUUGCAUGUUUGUGUUGUAUAUUUAGUAUGAACUUUUUUUUUUUCAGAACAUAAUGUUUCUUAGUUAUCAAAAGCAGUUGGAAAAUGUUUGCAAGACUAUGAACAUAGAAUUGCUGCUUUUAUAUUUUAACUGCAGAUUGUGAAUUUCACUGCCUUAUAUUAUUUAUUUCUGAAACAAAAGAGGCAUUUUUCAAUAAAACUACUGAAAAUUUGA